GUGAUUCUGUUGCCUAAAACUUUGCUUAUUUAUUUAGGUGGCCUGGUUAGGUUGUUAGGUUUAUUUUCUUGCGGAACUUACUAUUAAGAGCAAUCAGCCUAAGGUCAUAGCUGCUUGCACCUGGUUCCAAUACAAAAUGUUCGCAACUCGGUUGUGUAAGAUAUUUUUAAACUAAACAACAAGCAAGAAGAAAAAAAUGGCGGACAAAAAACCCCCGGUUCGACAGCUCCAAAAACUCCCAGGAGUGCGGUCUGCGCGGAGAAAUUUAUUUGGUCGAGAUGAUAGAAUUGUGGACGAUUUAGAAAGAGACGCUGAAGAGUUGAACAGUAAAGAACAAAAACGAUUCUCGGAUACCUGGAACUUUGAUGCAGCCAAUACCCAACCAUUAGAUGGCAGGUUUGAAUGGGACACCGGCGUUCCGCUGAAUCAACGAACUCGACUAUUGCAUGUUCCCCCGAUUGGUAAUGCAGAUUCACAUAACGAUAGUGAGCUUGUAGAAGUUAAAAACUCGACAGAAUCAAAAAAUGAAGAGUUGCCACCUACGGGGAAUUCCUCUUCUGUAGGCUCAUGUGGGUCUUCCGAAAAUCAAAGUAAAAGAAGGAAACUAUCUUCAGAAUCAACUGACGACCAUGUACCCGCUACAUCGAAGUCGCCCCGACUGUGACGUCAUACUGUGCCACGUAACGAAGAGCUUGAUACGUCACAAGUUCCACAGUUCGUUGUUGCGCAUGCGCAGAUACCUACCACAUUCGCCAAGGCUUGUUCGCCUUUUGAUCAGUCGUUUAUAGUUCCCAAUAAUCAGUGUUCAAGUCUCAGUCGAGUGAUUCAAACUGCGAGAAUUUUCACAAACACUAUAAGCCUCCCUGUGGUUUUUAUUUGCACCCAUGCUCGCUGUAUCAAUGUACGAAGGUUUUAACUAUCCAUCCGCACAGAAACCGAUCUAAGAUAGGUCGUAUUAUUUUGCUUUGAGUUGUUUUAUCAAAUGAUUUGUUGUGGAAAAGCGUACGGGUGGAAUUAUUAUCCAGAAAUUUAUGAGGGUAUUUAUUUUCAAUUGUUUAUUUAACUAUGGGACAACCUGUUCUAUUGCAAUGCAGUAAUUUUAACUAUUUUAUCCUAUAUAUUACUUUUUCAGUAUUCGGUUUGUUGUUGGUGUUUUGGUAGUUACGUGUUGUUUAGUAGCCGGGUCUUCUGUUCCAUAGACCCGGGCAAUUUCGUGUGAUCAGAAUUUCUUCGCUGAGACUCCCCGUUUGAACUAUAGUACUAUGGCAUGAAGUGUAAUCGCAUUGUUGUAAUUCGAACUCCGCCGCUUUUGCCGCACCUAGUUAACAUUGCACAGCGGUUGGUUCGGAUAUAUACAGCAUAUAGAAACGGGAAAACGAACGUCGUUUUAGUUAACCCAUCAAUCCAAUUACUUGAUCAAUAUAAUUUGGAAUCAAAUUCGAUUCUAAGAUUCUGUGGUUCGCCAGACAAGUUCCCAUUUAAGUUCACGCCAAUUUCAAAUCGCUUCUUCGUAAUCCCGUUGUUUUUCUUCAUUUAGGGGAAAUCACUCCCUUUUCUGCCCCGUUAGUGUUCUCGAUCACUGUGGUAGCAGAGAUACUAUUGUGCGUUGUGUGAUUCCUUCAGCUAAAUAAAGAAAUAUAUGGAUACUAUACCAC